AUGUCAUUUGAUUUUUAUUGUGCAAUUAUUAAGGUUGUAUGCGUUGUUCUUUUACAACAUAUAAUAUUAUUAUCAAUCUUCAUGUCUCGAGUUGUUCGUAAUAGCAAAUUUCGUCAUGUCUUUGGACAAGCAUCUAAAAAAGCUGAUUGUUAUGAAGGUAUUCGUGUAACAAAACAUGCAUCGGAUUCAACAUUUUGUUGUGUCAAUCCAAAAUUUCUUGCUAUUAUAACGGAAUCAGCUGGUGGUGGUUCAUUUCUUGUUUUACCACUUGAAAAUGUUGGACGUGUUGAUCGUAAUGUACCACUUGUUAGUGGUCAUAAAGCAGCAGUACUUGAUAUAGCAUGGUGUCCACAUAAUGAUAAUAUUAUUGCAAGUGGUUCAGAUGAUUGUACGGUUAAAAUUUGGCAAAUACCUGAUGGUGGUAUAACAACAACAUUAACAGAAUCAACUGUUGAUCUUAUUGCACAUCAACGACGUGUUGUACAAGUAGUUUGGCAUCCAAGUGCACUUAAUGUAUUACUUAGUUCUGGUAGUGAUAUGAAAAUUUUUAUUUGGAAUGUUAGUAAAUCAGCAAUAUUAUCAACAGUUGAUUGUCAUACAGAAGCUAUUUUAAGUGUUGCAUGGAAUUAUAAUGGUUCACGUAUUGUUACCUCAUGUAAAGAUAAAAUGUUUCGUGUUAUUAAUCCACGUACAGGUGAAAUUAUUCAAUCAGGUGCAGGACAUCAAGGUGGAAAACCUGCAAGAGCUAUUUAUUUACGUGAUGGACGAAUAUUUUCUACAGGUUUUUCAAAAAUGGCUGAACGACAAUAUGCUGUUUGGGAUGAGAAUAAUUUGAGUGCUCCUUUAACAAUGGUAGAACUUGAUUCAUCGAAUGGAAUUUUAUUUCCAUUUUAUGAUGAAGAUACUGGUAUGAUUUUUCUAUGUGGAAAGGGUGAUUCAGCGAUUCGAUAUUUUGAAUAUACACCAGAAACACCUUAUAUUCAUUACCUUAGUACAUAUUUAUCAUCAGAUCCACAACGUGGUAUAGGUAAUAUGCCAAAACGUGGAUUGAAUAUUGCUACAUGCGAAAUAGCUCGUUUUUAUAAAUUACUUAAUAGUGGUGCUUGUGAAGUCAUUAGUUUUACUGUACCUCGAAAAUCUGAACUUUUUCAAGAUGAUCUCUAUCCAGAUACAGCUGGUGACGAACAUGCUAUAACUGCUGAUGAAUGGAUUAAUGGAGUAGAUGCUGAUCCAAAAUUGAUAUCCAUUCGUGAUCUUCAUUCGGGUCCAAAAACACCAUUAAAUGUUAAUAAUAAUAAUCAGCUCAUUCCACCAAAACAAGAAGUUGCCUUUGAUAAACAAAAUUUAAGUCCAAAAUCAUCAUUAGAAAAAUCUCCUAUUGAUAAUACUAAUAACGGUCAACCUAAAGUACAGUCGAAAACAACUUCUGUUCAAUCAAAGAAACCUUCAGCAUUAGCUGAAAAAGAAGAUACAUUAACAAAUACACAAUAUGAUAUAAUAGUUACUCAAUUAGAAGGUAUAAUGCGUCGUAUGGAUGAAUUUGAUCGUCGUUUACAAGCUCUUGAAAAACGUUCGGUAACUAAUGAAACAAGAGAAUCAAUUAUUGAAGAUGAUAAUUUAUAA